ACAGAAUAAAAUAGUUUCUUUUUCAUCUUCUUGCACCCCUCCUUGAUGUUUCCUUCCUUCACUGUGCGCGCGCAGCCCGAGUCUUCAUCACAUAAAGCGCGCGCCUGAGCAUCACACACACAGUCUGGCAAUGCUUUUGCGCCACUGCGUGCAGGUUGGACUAUAACACUAAAGUUUGGCUUCUGGAGCACUCUUGCUCGUCCUCUUCUUCAAAGGUAUUUUGAUGUUACCAACAGAAAUCUCAGGUGGAGUGUGUUUUAUCACGAGUCAGCACUCCAAAGAAGGAAGGAACGGAAUGAAAACAGAAGAAACCCAAUCAUGUCUUCAGCAGGCCCCCUCCGCCACACCUUACGCAGAGCACAUGGGAGGAGGUGAGGUGUGUGCAGGGUGCGAGUCUCCCAUCGCGGACCGCUUCCUCCUGCGUGUCAAUGAACUGUCCUGGCAUGAGACGUGUGUCAAGUGUGCAGUGUGUCGCAGCGCGCUGAGCGGGACCUGCUACUCUCGCGACCGCUUGCUUUACUGCAAGCAUGAUUACGAGAAGUUGUUUGUGCGGAAGUGCAGUGCCUGUCUGCAGGCGAUCAGCCGCUCGGAGCUCAUCAUGCGUGUGCUGGGACAGGUGUACCACCUGAGCUGCUUCAGCUGCUGUGAGUGUGAACGCCGGCUGCAGAGAGGUGAUGAGUUUGUGCUAAAGGAGGGACAGCUGCUCUGCCGGGGAGACUAUGAGAAGGAGAGAGAGAUGCUGGCAGCCAUCAGUCCGGCCCCUACCGAUUCAGUGAAGAGCGAGGAUGAGGAUGGUGGUGGUGUCUCUGUAGGAGGGAAGGCUGGGGAUGAUGGGAAGGAGCACAAGAGAUCCAAGAGACCACGAACCAUCCUGACCACACAACAGCGGCGCGCCUUCAAGGCUUCCUUCGAGGUGUCUUCCAAACCCUGCCGAAAGGUCAGAGAAACUCUGGCAGCUGAGACUGGACUGACAGUGAGAGUCGUGCAGGUGUGGUUCCAAAACCAGAGAGCAAAGAUGAAGAAGAUCGCUCGCAGACAACAGCAGCAGCAGCAGCAGCAAGAACAGGAGCAGAUGGGCGGGACCAGGAGGGGCCCGAGCAGAGGGGGCCGCCAGAGUAACGAUGACAGCGAGGAUGGCUCCAGCAGUCACGGACUGGACGGGCUGCUCUCUUAUUCCUCUCUGCCACGCCAACAACUGCUGGCUUUGGAUCCCAACAUAUACGGUAGCGAGCAGUUUCGACACGGGCUCACGCCGCCGCAGCUAGGCCCCGAGCAGAUGCACUCCUACGACUCGGAGACGGUUUUCCAUGACUUGGACAGCGAUGGAAGCCUCAGUCAUCUCGGGGACUGUCUCUUGUCUACCGCAGAGGCUGGAGUUCUGGCAGGACGCAUAGGAAAUCCCAUUGAUCGCCUCUACUCAAUGCAAAACUCCUACUUUACCUCAUGACCCUGGUUCCACCUACCUAAAGCGCUCCUCCUCCACUGCAGGGGGCAACACGUAGAUUGAGUCUCACUGGAGGCGUCUUUCAUCGUCAAAACUAAUUGAAUCCCCCAAGCCUAUCUUAGUCAUGCCAAUAAAGCUCUUAACCAACCAAACCAAGACAGGGUCACACCCUAAAAAUUCAAUUUGACAUGGACAGAAUGGGAAUUCCCUGGAAAAACAUGUUUUAUAGCAUACAUAUGCACGCUUUGUUUCAUUCAAACAUUUUUUGCGAUGGUUAUGGGUGCAUAAGACAUCAAUGAGCAGCUGUUCAUGUAAGCGUUACCUCACCCUCUGCUCGCUGCACAACUGAUAAACUGAUCGAAAUUAAUUACCUCAUUCACUAGAGCCCUGCAGUGACAUAUUUUUGCAAGCUAAAACCCUCAAACAAACUAUUAUUAAGUUAGCUCUUCCGGUUCUGUUGCUAUGAAGUCAAAUUUAAGCUUUUAAGUGACUUGAAAACUACCGCUGUUAACGAGUGGCUACGUGCACAUUUGGGCCCAAAUAGUUGCUUUCAUAGCCUCAUUAUGUUUAGAAUCACGAACUCAAACUUUUAGGGAAGAUUUAUACUUCAGCCGAUUGUAUUUAGGCUACAAAAUUCAUAAACGUUGUGUUCAUUGUGUGCAGAUUAUCGCGAUGAACUAAACAUGUAGGAAUCAUAAGAGUUUUGUUGGCUACAGAGCUUAUUUUAAUGUGAUUAAAAAAAUGCUACUGGGUUUUUGCUGAAGGAACCAAGGUUAUGUAAACUUUUGGAUUGACCUGCAAAAAUACAUCACUGCAGCUCUCUAUCCACCUUAUUUUUCAACGUGGAUGUAAGCCGUUUUCUUUGAAUGUGGGAGACUUCCGGUUCAUUAGCCUCAGUAGGGAAAUAACGAGAAGAAUAACAAAAGUGUAGUAAAUGGUAAAACUGUUUGCACUUCAAACAAGUGUGUUCAUUAUUAAGAUAUACAAAUAAAAUAACAUGGUUAGACACACCAGUUUGCAAUAUCAAGCAGCAAAACGAACUAAAACUAGCUGGAAGUGAAUGACACUAGAAGCAAAUGGUGAAAAAUAAGGUGAACACAGACCACUGAAUGAGUGAAUGAAACCAAGUGAGACAGUUUAUAAAUGACUGUCCCCUCAAAUAACACACGAUAAAGGAUUAAUAGGGUGAUUUCAGACACAGUCCAAGUCAGUUUCAUAUCAAUCGAUCCCGACUGCCUUGCCAUCGUAAUGUCCGUCUCGAAUCAGCUUUUAUUUAAAGCUAACAUGAAAACCAAAAGAGUCUAGCAUGCUGGUGUAAGUCAAAUGUACAUUAAUAUUUCUUGUAAAGGAAUGAUGUUUAUUAAAGGUGCACUCAGUUUUUGUGUGUUGAGCGGACCAAUAUAGCAGUUGUCCUGGACUUACACUGACAUCUAGUGCUGUGGAUGCAGCAUCACAAACACAAGAGCAAUGAAAACAAAGAUUUUCCUAACUUAUAAAAUAAAGUUGUGACAUUUUUUAAAUCUACUGUAGUUGCCUUGGCAACAUUUAUCAUUUUCAUUUAGUUUAACUUGAUGUGUUAAAAUGCCAAAAAAAAUUCAUGAAAAGUAUAUAGACGUUUAAAAAAAUGAAAAUGACUAACACUUUAAUUAAAAUGAAAACAGGAAAUAUAAAAAUGUAGAAAAUGUAAAAUAGCUUUUACAAUUCUUCAUGUUAAUGUAUAUUAACACAUUAUGUCAAAAAGUAUAGAUUUUUUUGUGUGUGUGUGAAUAUUUAAAUGGAGGGUGAGGGGGGUACUGAGUGCACCUUUAACACAAAUUUAACUUACAUUUUUUUCUUUUCACAAUUAAAAAUGUCGACAGCUAUUGCAGAAUUUUCUCUGAAGAAAUUUAAUUUGGUAGGUUUUCAACUACUGUAAGUUUCUCAGACAGGGACUUUCCAGCCGCCUUAACUGUGCAUUACACAAAUAAAGAGACAAAAAGUAAAUUAAGAAAUCGCAAAAUAAUGAAACGUCAAAGUUGAAGUAUAUAUCUCAAAGCAAAUAUGAGUGAAGGAGUCCUGACAGGACUCCGAGAGCAAAAGAGGCACACAUACAACAGUGCUCAGUCAACACGUUCAAAACACACAUCCCUGCUCGAUUAAAGAUAGCUUUGACAAAUGUGGAACAUUAUGAUGCAACCACACCACAAAAGAUAUUUUCGUUUUCAUUCUAAUUUCAGGUUUUGGACACAGGGUAGAUUUCCUCGGAUUAAAAAAGUGAGACAGGGCCUUGAAUGUUUCUGCAGCAGGCUCAGGUCAGAUGUAGGAAUGUGCUUCAGUCUCCAAACUGAGAGGAGGAAAUCAUCAGGGUUACUGCCAUUACAGGGUUAAUAAUACAUAUGACAUCUAUCUCUUUAGUACUGAUAAGAAAAAUAGCACAAAGUAUUAAAAAUACCCCUUAAAUGUUCCAGGAAGUGCGCACUUGGCAACAUGUUGCUAAUUGUGCUUUAUUGUAAAAUACUAGAUGUGUUGGUCACAUGACUGUUGUUAUAAUUAGCUCUAUUGUUGUACGUGUAGUUAUUUACUUCACUUCUUUUACCUCAUUAUGUUCCUGUUGGCUGUUUUCAACGCAUUGGAAUAUUUAUGUUGCAGCAUGAGACACUGUAUAUGUGAACUGUAUUAUUUAUAUUGAAGAAUGUACAACAGAUUUACACAAACACCAACUGCUUAUGAAAUCCUUACAUAACCUGACGAACUGAAAUGUAGUUUUUAAUUCACCGGACAUCAGUUGCUGGUAAAUCAACUGCUCACAUGUUCAUGAAGCAUUUUGUGAUAACUGGACGGUUUCAUUUAAAGUGGGGUGAUGUUCCUUUAAAGGACUGCGGUGCUGACAGCUGUUGAAUGGUACAUCUUUCCGUUUCUUUUAGUGUGGUCAAUGUGUUUUUUGUGUACGGUGUUCUUGGUUUUUCAAUAAAACUCAUUUCAAACACUGA